AUGUCAGCCGACUUACGACGUCGCAUUGCAUCGGCCGAAGCCGAGUUGCAGUCGCUCCGCGAACAACUCGUGCAGGUCGAACAGGAGGAGCGUCUCCAACAGCACCAGCAUGCGCCACCAAGCUGGCCCUGGCCACUCCAGUCCGACGAAUACGAGCGCUAUGCGCGCCAAUUGAUCUUGCCCGGCGUCGGCGUCGACGGCCAGCUGCGGCUCAAGAAGGCGUCUGUGCUGAUUGUCGGCGCGGGCGGCCUGGGCUGUCCUGCGGCUCUGUACCUGGCCGGCGCCGGUGUGGGCCAUUUGGUGCUGGUGGACGGCGACACGGUCGAGGCGUCGAACCUGCACCGGCAGAUUGGGCACACGUCGGCGACCGUCGGGGCGUACAAGGUGGACAGUCUGGCGGCGGCGAUGCGCGCGCGGAACGGAAGCGUGCGGUAUACGGUGCACCGCGAGCACUUGACGGUGGACAACGUGGGUAGGCUUGUAGGCGGCGGGGAAGCCGAGGAAAGUGAGCGCAGCGAGGACACAAAAAUCGACCUGGUGCUGGACUGCACCGACCAUCCGGCCAUUCGGUAUCUCAUCUCGGACGCCUGCGUGCGUGCUGGCAUUCCGCUCGUGUCGGCAGCGGCUCUCCGCACAGACGGACAGCUGGCGGUCCUCAACCACCCCGUGGGCGCGGGGCCCUGCUACCGGUGUGUGUUUCCACGGCCGCCGCCGGCGGCCAGCCAGACGUCGUGUGCCGAGGGCGGCGUGCUGGGCCCUGUGGUGGGCGUGAUGGGCGUGCUGCAAGCGCUGGAGGCGAUCCGCGUGCUCGUGUCUGGGUCGGCACCCGUCACGGUCACGACGGCCAAGACGGUGCCGCCGGCUCCGACGCUCACGCUCUUCUCGGCGGGCGGUGCCGGCGGUGGACUGGUGCCGCCGUCGUUUCGGACGGUGCGGCUCAAGGGCCGGCGCGCAGACUGUUUUGCCUGCUCGGACGAAGCACCGUUGAAGACGAUGGCGUCGCUGGGCGAUGCGUGGCCCGACUACGUGCAGUUCUGCGGCGGCAGCACGGCUGUGACGCAGCACAUUCUGCAGCCCGAGGAGCGCGUCUCGGUGUCGGCCUUCCGGCAGGUGCACGCGGACGGCGCGACCACGGGCGACGGGCGCGACGAGACGGCGACGAAGCAGCGGCACUGGCUGCUGGACGUGCGCGAAAAGGAGUUUUACAACAUGGGCACCAUCCCCGGGGCAAUCAACGUCCCGUUCUCGCAGACGCAGACAGGGACGACAGGCGAGGGCCUGCCGUCGUGGCUCCCCGACGGCAUGGCCGAGGAUACAGCGCCCAUCUACCUGGUAUGCCGCGUGGGCAAUGACUCGCAGGUGGUGACGCGGCAGCUCAAGACGCUGGGCCUGGAUCGAGGCGGCGCACGGUUUGUUGGCGACGUGGCCGGCGGCAUACUUGCGUGGAAACGCCAAGUCGACUCGACGAUGCCGUUUCCAGCCCAGCGUCGCAAACCCAAACGUCAUCAGGCCCAGCGUCAGGAACGGGUCCAGCGGGAUCGUGCUCAGGAUGGGCUCGGCCACGCCGGAGCCCAGGAACAGGCCGCCCGCCAGGCCGCCCGCCAGGCCGCCGGCCACGCUAAAGGCCAGCUGGAUGCGCCGGCGGGUCUUGCGCAGCGCAAAGAAGGUGUUCCAGUCGAGCGGCGGCAGGUCCUUUGGAGACGCAUGGGCAUCGGCGGCGGCCGCAGCGAUGCGAGCAGCAGCCUGAGCAUCGGCGGCCGCAUCCCGGUUGCGCGUGGCACCCGUCGCUGGUGGCGGGCGGAGGCGGAGGACGAGGAGGAGAAGGAGGACGACGACGAAGGAGUGUUGAGUGCCGGUCGCCGGACAGCGGCAGACGGAGGAGAGGCGAGCUUGCGCUUCAGCGGCAGGGCAACGCGAGCCGAGGACACGAUCGUGCGGCUCUGCAGCGCAAUGGUCGGCGGCCGCCGCACAAGGAACGCCGCCGAGGUCUUGGCCGACGUGUUGGCCGACGUGCUGGCCGAAGCUGUAGCGGCCACGGCAGGUCUGUGCAGGCUGCUGCCCGUCCGCGAGGCCGCAGCCAGGCCCGGGCGAAGCAGCGUCGGGGCUGUCGUGGUGAGCAUGGUGGAGAUGCGGUUGUCGUGCACAGGGAUUGUCGCUGUUGUUGGCGUUGUCGUCGAUGAUGUCGCUUGCCUCUGGGUGGCUCGAGUGGGUCAGAUACAGAAUAUGGAGUAA